AUGUCUGAACAAGACGUUAACUCAACUAAAUACAGCGAGGUCCGAAGUAUAUUUAAAUACGACAUCGACAUAUAUAAUGCGUUGUAUCAGCUGAAAACGGAAAAUGAAGACGAUUUAAACUCAAUUUACAAACUGAUCAAAACAGAAUUGAUCGAUUCAAAGAAAUACCCACCAGUAAAGGUUAUGAAAGACAUUUUAGAUAUCAUUAAGUAUAACAAUCGUUAUACAAAGUCAUAUUUAACUCUUGCCAAACUUAUAUCUGAUGAUUACCAUGUCACAGAGGUCAAUAAUCUUGAACAUAUUUCAAACUUGCUGUUUUAUAAAGAAUAUGGAAUUAAAUUAGAUAAGUUUCGUGAUUUCGGAGAAUUUAAUUUAAAAAAUUUAUCCAUUCAUACAGAAAAUACGAUUUACAAAGCAAUUAUGAACAAUGACAUAAAAGCAUUCAUCCAAUUCACUGAAAGAGAAGGUUUUAAUAAAGAUCAAAGAGUUCUAAGUCAUUUAUAUCCACUCGAACGCAAAAUAUAUCCAUUUUAUUAUAUUACUGGAUUUUCAUUACUUGAAUUAUGUUGUUACCAUGGAGCAGUUGAUUGUUUUAAGUUAUUAAGAACGAAAUUACAAUCUGAAAUAACUCAAAUAUGUCUAAAAUUUUCAUUUUUAGGAAGAAAUCAAGAGAUCAUGAGUGAAUGUUUGAAAUACCAGAAACCAGAUUAUGAAUGCAUGGAAUAUGCAAUUAUUUCGCACAACAUCGAUUUUGUUACAUUCUUAAUGAAUGAACACCAAUUAGAGAUCAAUUUAGAUUAUUGUAUUAAAUAUAAUAAUCUUGAAUCAUUUUUAGUAUAUUUCGAUCAAACUAAUGAUAUUUACCAUUGCUUUAUUAAAUCAGUUAUAUUUAAUAUUCCAACUAUUUGUGAGUAUUUCCUAUCAAAUGGUGCAAGUAUCAAUGCAAAAAAUAUUGCUGGAGAAACCGCUCUUCAUAUUGCAGCAAAAAAUAAUAGUAAAGAAACAGUUGAAUUUCUUAUUUCACAUGGUAUAAAUAUUGAUGAAAAAGAUUAUGAUGAUGGAAAGGCCGCUCUUCAUCAUGCAGCAGGAAAAAAUCAUAAAGAAACAGCAGAAGUUCUUAUUUCACAUGGUAUUAAUAUCAAUGAAAAAGAUGAAUAUGGACAAACUGCUCUUCAUCAUGCAGCAAAAAAUAAUCAUAAAUUAACCGCUGAACUUCUUAUUUCACAUGGUAUAAAUAUCAAUGAUAAAAAUAUAUAUGGAAAAACCGCUCUUCACGGUGCAGUACAUAAUAAUAGUGAAGAAAUGGCCCAACUUCUUAUUUCACAUGGUAUAAAUAUCAAUGAUAAAAAUAUAUAUGGAAAAACCGCUCUUCACGGUGCAGUACAUAAUAAUAGUGAAGAAAUGGCCCAACUUCUUAUUUCACAUGGUAUAAAUAUCAACGAAAAAGAUAAAAACGGAGAAACUGCUCUUCAUUAUGCCGCAGAAAAUAAUAAUAAAGAAAUAGCCGAGUUUCUUAUUUCACAUGGUAUAAAUAUCAAUGAAAAAAAUAACGUUGGAGAAACUGCUCUUCAUUAUGCAACAAAUUAUAAUAGUAAAAAAGCUGCCGAAGUUCUUAUUUCACAUGGUAUACAUAUCAAUGAAAAAGAUGAAUAUGGACAAACUGCUCUUCAUAUUGCAGCAAAUAAUGAUAGUGAAGAAAUUGCCAAACUUCUUAUUUCACAUGGUGCAAAUAUCAAUGAUAAAGAUCAAGAUGGACGAACUGCUCUUCAUAUUGCAGCAAAUAAUGAUAGUGAAGAAAUCGCCAAACUUCUUAUUUCACAUGGUGCCCUAAAAUUGAAUGUAAAAAAUAUUUUUUGA